ACCAUGGAUGUUUUCUUUCGGCAAACGUGGAUUGAUGAGAGGUUGAAAUUUGGUGGGCCCACUGAAAUUCUGAAAUUGAACAAUCUAAUGGUCAGUAAAAUAUGGACACCAGAUACCGUUUUUAGAAAUGGGAAGAAGUCAGUUGCUCAUAAUAUGACAACUCCUAACAGACUUUUCAGGAUAAUGCAGAAUGGCACCAUCCUCUAUACAAUGAGACUUACCAUUAAUGCUGACUGUCCAAUGCGUCUGGUAAACUUCCCUAUGGAUGGGCAUGCUUGUCCACUGAAGUUUGGGAGCUAUGCCUAUCCUAAAAAUGAGAUUAUUUACACCUGGAAAAAAGGACCAUUGUAUUCAGUGGAAAUUCCACAAGAAUCUUCCAGUCUUCUCCAGUAUGACCUUAUAGGGCAAACAGUCUCUAGUAAAACAAUUAAAUCCAAUACAGGUGAAUACAUAAUCAUGACUGUUUAUUUCCACUUACAAAGGAAGAUGGGCUACUUCAUGAUACAAAUAUAUACUCCUUGCAUCAUGACGGUCAUCCUCUCUCAGGUGUCUUUCUGGAUUAAUAAGGAAUCUGUCCAAGCUAGGACAGUUUUUGGGAUCACUACUGUUCUAACUAUGACUACAUUGAGCAUCAGCACCCGCCACUCUUUGCCCAAGGUGUCUUACGGUACUGCCAUGGAUUGGUUCAUUGCUGUGUGCUUUGCCUUUGUCUUUUCUGCACUUACCGAGUUUGCAGCUGUCAACUACUUUACCAAUCUACAAACUCAGAGAGCUAUGACAAAGGCAGCUAGGGCAGCUGCACUCUCAGCAACGACCAUACCGGUAGAAGACGAGAUAGUCUUGCACUCCAGCUCCAAUUGCAAUUUGAAGAAAUGAAUGAACUCUGUGAAAUCUCAAACAGACCAGUCCCCUGAAGCAAGCAUAUGGUCCAAUAGCGCAUCUCAAAGUCAACAAAUUUCUGUUGUUCCGCCGCCACCAUCACCAUCACCAGUUGGAAGCACAAGUAAAAUAGAUCAGUACUCCAGGAUCCUCUUUCCAGUGGGAUUUGCAGGAUUCAAUUUAGUAUAUUGGGUGGUUUACCUUUCAAAAGACACUAUGGAAGUGAGUAGCAAUAUUCUCCAGCAAGAUGAAGUCUGAAUCCACUUUGAUCGGGUAUUGAAUUUAGCACUAAAGGAAGCAGUUAAUUAAGGUUUUUAGUGAAAGAAGUAGAUACACAGUUAGUACUUUAAAGUCAGACUCAGGGUCAAGGUGUGGAGAUGGAACUUCCAUGACUAAAAUUAAUUUUAUUUUCUUUUUGACAAAUGAAGAAAUCCACGAAAAAAGAUGUUAAGUAUCUGCCUUCAUUGAAGUGACUGGGCAAGCUUGCUACUGCAGGAGUUCCUUGAGUGCAGUGGUGUACACACGCAGAGAGAGCUCUGAGACAGAGAAUAUGGCUUCUAAGAUAGGAAAGUUUCCCCUUCCUCCCUCAGCCCCCCUGCAAGCCUCUCCAGAGGGUCUGGGGCCUCUUCCAAACAAGGUGGGAUGGGGAAAUUUCCUUCUGUUAACUUGUUUAACCUAACUUUACCUUAGGAUCCAAGCCAAUGUGUUUAUUAUGUAUUUAUUUGUUAAAGUUGUAUCUUACCUUUUCAUGAAAUAAUGCUCAAAGUGGCUAAUAACAGUGAUACAAUCAAGAUAUUAAGGAAUUA